UAAGAGCAUGUGAGUGUAUUUUGAAUCCAUUCCUUUGAUAAAAAAUCAUCAAGUUCCAUUCAUUCUAAUACUAUAGAUUUUUUUACGAGCACCUGCCAAGCUUCAGAUUAGAAACAUUUAUAGAGCAGGCCCCAGUAAUAGGUUAUCCCCCCUUUCCCCAGAGUGUAGCUCAACAACUGUAUUAUGCCUUAUCGAUAAAGAAUCAGUUCCUUUUUUUUGGAUCUGGCCAUAUAUAUAAAGACAACUCUUCAUUCAUGGCACCUUUCUUUCAUUAUCAACCAUGUCUGUAACCCAAACACAAGUUGUCGUAGAGGAGAAGUUCCCCCCGUAUGCUUAUACAGAAACCGAAAAUCGACAGCCACCUAUGGCAAACCCUAAUCUCCCUCCACUAUUCGAUGAACCAACGACACUACGCAACUUUACCAAGCAUGUCAAUUGGUUUCAAACCAUCUUGUUGACAUCUACACCUUUACUUGCCAUCUACUCUGCUCUACACACACCCCUACAGACUAAAACAUUCUACUGGUCCAUUCUCUACUAUUUUAUUACUGCACUUGGCAUCACUGCUGGCUAUCACCGUUAUUGGGCUCACAGAUCCUACAAUUGUACAAAAUUAACGCAAAUCUUUCUCUGCUUGGCUGGUUCUGGCGCAUUUGAAGGCUCUAUUCAAUGGUGGUCUCGAGGACACCGUGCACAUCACCGCUGGACUGACUCUGAUAAGGACCCUUAUGCUGCUCCGCGUGGCUUCUUCUUUUCUCACAUCGGUUGGAUGCUUGUCAAUAGACCCAAGAAUAGAAUAGGCUAUGCUGAUACGGCCGAUCUUAGGUCUGAUCCUCUUGUCCAAUUUCAACACCGCUACUACCUUUACUUUGCAACCACCAUGGCUUUCCUUUUCCCUGCACUUGUCGCUGGUUUCGGCUGGGGCGAUUUCAAGGGAGGCCUGGUCUUUGCUGGUCUCUGUCGACUUGUCUUUGUUCAUCAUGCUACCUUCUGUGUCAAUUCGCUUGCUCAUUAUAUUGGUGACACUCCCUAUGACGAUUAUCAUACACCCAAGAACUCAUGGAUUACAGCUCUUGUUACUUGUGGCGAAGGAUACCACAACUUUCACCACGAGUUCCCCCAAGACUACCGAAACGCUAUCCUCUGGUACCAGUAUGAUCCCACCAAAUGGUUUAUCAGGACCCUCAAUUUCUUCGGCUUGACAUAUGGUUUAAAGACGUUCCCAAGUAACGAAAUCGAAAAGGGACGUGUACAAAUGAUGGAAAAGAAAGUCAACGCACUCAAGAGUAAGCUCAAGUUUGGCUCACAGCUCAAGGAUCUUCCAGUCUACAGUAUACAGGAGGUUCAUGACAUGGUGGCCACACAAAACAAGAGAUGGGUGAUCCUUGACGGCAUGAUUUACGAUGUAGAAAACUUUGAUCACCCUGGUGGAUGCAAAUACUUGGAGUUUGGCAUUGGCAAAGAUAUGACCAAGUCCUUUAAUGGCGGUAUCUAUAAUCACUCAAAUGCUGCACGUAACCUGCUUUCAAGUAUGCGUGUUGGUGUGCUUCAAGACUCCAAGGUGCACCUUUACGGAUCAUCUGUUAAUCUCCAAGCAAAGGCAAAUGAAUAUGACUCUACUUUUGAACCAAACCGUAAAAGUAAAUUUUUUUAACAAGUCUAUUUAUUCAAAAUAAAAAUCAUGUAUAAAAAAAAGCAUAUCUUGUAUGAAAAUAAUAAAACAUACAUUCCAGAAUGAUAAAGCAUGGCU